AUGUCAGGGUUUAUCUAUUUGGUUCAGUUAACGUACCUUUUAUGGUAUGCAUCAACGCUCGAAGCUUGGUCACCAACUCGACCAAAUAUAAUACUUAUCAUGACCGAUGAUCAGGAUAUUGAAUUAGGCUCCAUGCAGUUUAUGCCAAAAACAGUACAUCUGUUAAAAGAACGUGGAGUGACAUUCAACUCAGGUUUCGCAUCAACACCUAUAUGUUGCCCAAGUCGAAGUUCAAUAUUGACUGGAAUGUAUGCUCACAAUCAUCAUGUACCUACCAAUAAUCACAACUGUUCGGGGAAUGAUUGGAGGAAUAAUUAUGAAAAAAAUACAUUUGCCGUAUAUCUAAAAAAUGAAGCAGGUUAUACAACGGCGUAUUUUGGUAAAUAUUUAAAUGAAUACACCGGUUCAUACAUUCCCCCUGGCUGGGAUCAUUGGAUGGGGUUGCUCCGGAAUAGCCGAUUCUAUAACUACACGAUAAAUGUGAACGGUGAUAAGAUCAAGCAUGGUUGGAAUUAUGAAAAGGACUAUUUCACCGAUUUAAUCGCUAACGAUACGAUAACAUUUAUUCGACAUUUGCAUAGAGAAGAUCUCUUCAAACCAUACAUGAUUGUGUUAUCAUUUCCAGCACCACAUGGUCCAGAAGACCCAGCUCCACAAUAUUCUUCAUGGUUUCAAGAUGUCGAAACACAUAGAACAGAAGCUUGGAACUAUGCUCCAAAUCCUGAUAAACAAUGGAUUUUGCAACAUACCGGACGUAUGGAACCAGUUCAUGUUGUAUUUACCGAUGUUUUACAUAGGCGACGAUUGCAAACACUGCAAAGUGUGGAUAGUAAUAUUCAAAGACUAGUAAAUGAAUUGCGCGAUCUGGGUGAUCUGUCGAAUACCGUUUUCAUCUAUACAAGCGAUCAUGGAUAUCAUUUGGGGCAAUUUGGCUUGGUGAAAGGUAAAAAUAUGCCAUAUGAAUUUGAUAUCCGCGUGCCAUAUUUUAUUCGUGGACCAGGAUUUCCGAAAAAUAUAACGAUCCGUGAACCUGUAAUGAAUGUUGAUAUAGCUCCAACAAUCUUAGAUAUAGCUGGAAUAGCAGUACCACGUCAUAUGGAUGGACGUUCAUUGGUACAACUUAUGCGACAAUACGAUAAACAAAAAAGGAAGACAAAAAAGGAAGCAGAAAAAACGGAGUUCAGAUGGCGAGACACAGUAUUGAUUGAAAGGGGAAAAAUGGCGAAAUUAAUUCGAAUACGUGAUCGCUUUAUGAAGCAGCAUGGUCGAUUGAAUAAAGAUAUUCGUGUACAAAAAGCUUGUACUCGAUCGGAAUUCAGGGAACCAUGCAGGAAAGGGCAGCAAUGGAAAUGCAUUCAUGAUGCUUCCGGUAAGUGGAGAAUUUUCAAAUGUCAGACAAAUGUAGAUAUCAUCAAGGAAUGUGAUUGUUCUUUGGAAGCUAUACUGAAACGGCGCUAUCGACGAUCCAGGAAAAAGCAUGGUUUGCUCAAUUAUAAUUUAAAUUUUCUUAGGAGAGCAACUAUAGCUCAGUUGGACGAGGAAGGUGAAACAGUUCUUCUAGACGAGACCUUGCGAAGUCUUUGGGAGGAAGAAUUUUUGCAAUAUAUGCAAGAGAAAGAAGUGAUGGAAAAUGGUGAGUGGUACCAAGGUGUUUUGGAAGACCGAAAUGCUGGUGAUAUACGCAUCAAGCGAUCGAUAAAAAUGGAAAAAGCGAGGAUUGGCUCUCUUUGUGUUCGAUACAAUACGAGUGUCAUUUGCAAACCGAAAGUAUUUCGGAAUUCCAAAUUAUGGACAAUUCACAAGGCAAAAGUGGAUGGCCGAAUUGAAAGUCUUAGGAGAAAAUUAUUGCUUUAUAAGAAUAUGCGGAGAACAUUGAAACGAAGGCGACCAUUAACAUCGAAUAAUUUUUUAUCAAGUAAUUUAAGUGGUUGUAUCUGCAAAGGAACGCAUGCUCGUCUGCUAGGGAAUAAAAAUAGCCGCAGUGAUGUGUCAUGGUGGCGAAGAAGUGGAAAAAAUGUUCACAACAGCCUUGGAGUUAAUUCAAAAAGCUCAAGUCAUGGUGAAAUGCAUGCGAAUUGUACAGUACCACAGAUGAAUUGUUUCGUCCAUGGUGCAGAUCACUGGAGGACGCCACCGUUUUGGCCGGAACGGUAUGGCCAGUUUUGCUUCUGUCAAAAUUCUAACAACAACACAUAUUGGUGCAUACGGACAGUUAACAGUACACACAACUUUCUAUACUGCGAGUUUAUCACCGAAUUUAUAAGCUACUAUGAUCUUAAUACCGAUCCUUAUCAGUUGCACAAUAUCAUAUGGAGCAUACCAUUGGGAGUGUUGGAACAAUUAAGUAGGCAACUUGAACUUCUGCGGACAUGCCAAGGUCAUGCACAAUGCGAACAUUAUUCCUCUUCAACAUGGCAUCUUCCAUUUAUGGAAAGUGAUAAUGAUAGUGUUAAUUAA